CGUCGACCGCGUCUUGGCUGCGUUUGGAGCUCUCGGCGGGUUGCCUCAAUGAGCUUGUGCCAUUCCGGCGACCGGUUGCUGUUGAUGCCACGGUCUUGGCGUCUCAUUCGAUGCUCUUUAUAAGGCCAGCUCGUCCUCUCUCGCAAUCGGUCGGGUGCUUAUCCUGCUUUGCCUCUGCUCGUCCACGCCCUAUCAGCCACUUCACCACACAGAUCUCGACAGCCAGAGCUUUCUGCGAACCGACCUCAGCUCCAGACCACCACAGCCAAUCGCCAAGAUGAAGUACACCAUCAUCGCAUCCUUCCUCGCCGCCCUUGUGGCCGCCGAGACCAUCGAUCAGCUUGUUGCCGAGAUUCCUACCUGCGCAGUCACUUGCUUUCGUGAUGGUGCCCAGUCGGUCAACUGCGAUAUCACCGACUUUGCUUGCUCUUGCGGAAAGGUUGAGCAGCUCACAGCCACGGUCGUGCCCUGCCUUGCCUCGUCUGGCUGCAGCGGCGCCGAUCAAGCCACGGUACUCCAGCUCGCAUCUCAGAUCUGCGCCCAGGUCGCCGCAGGAGGCACAUCGUCCGGCACCGCCUCGGCCGGCUCCGUCACUGCCGCAGCGACCACAGCUUCCGGCACUUCCACUUCCUCCCGCAGCGGCACCGCAACAGGGGCUGCCGUCACCACUACAACGUCACCAGCCGCCGCCGGCCGGGCCCAGGUCGCUGGCUGGGCUGGAGCCAUCGCCGCUGCCGCCGCGUUCGCUCUCUAAAGUCUCCUCUUUGACCUAACCAUGGCUUUGAUUUAUCGACCUUUUUACUUCAUCCCUUGUAUUUGAUAUACUCAAUGCAAGAGGAAAGAUUGCGGACUGCGGAGUUUAGCGGGAAAAAGAGGAAUAACCAGCACACCUGACAAUGGAGGUCUUGUUGUAGUUGUACGCGCA